AUGGGCCACAGAAGCUACCUACUGGAAGUGCCGCUUUCUAUCAUGUUUGUUUUAUCUGCGACAUCAGCGGGGAAACAUUCUCUACAAUUCAUCCAGACAGUAGUCACUCCAGGAACUAAUUUCCCGGAGUUCACUGCUGUUGUUUUAAUGGAUGGAGAGCAGAUUGUUUACUAUGACAGUAACAUCAGGACGCUGAUCCCAAAGACAGAGUGGAUGAAGAAGAUUAAAGAUGAUCAGACAGAUUACUGGACACAGGAGACAGAGCGUAUGGAACAUGAUCAGUAUGAUUUAAUAGGAAAUCUGAAUACCAUAAAGGAACACUUUAAUCAGAAUGAAGGAGUUCACACACUGCUGGUGAUGUAUGGCUGUGAGCUCUCUGAUGACAACACUACUAAUGGAUAUGAUCAGUACGGUUAUGAUGGAGAAGAUUUUCUUAGUCUGGACCUGAAAACUCUCAUCUGGACUGCUGCAAAUGAUCACACUGUUAUUAGUAAACUUAAAUGGAAUAAUGAGGGUUAUAGUAAAAAGGAACAGGAUUGCCUGCAGAUCACCUGUAUCGAGUGGUUACCGAUGUUUGUAUCAUACGGUGGAGAGACUCUGGCGAGGAAAGAUCCUCCUGAGGUGUCUGUGUUCCACAAGCGUUCCUCUUCUUCAGAGCUGGUGUGUCACGCUACAGGUUUCUUCCCCAGAGGACUGAUGAUGUUCUGGCAGAAGGACGGAGAGGAACUGCACGAGGACGUUGAUGACAGAGAGACUCUACCAAACCAGGAUGGAACCUUCCAGAAGAGAGCCGUUCUGAGAGUCUCACCUGAGGAGCUGAAGGAACAUGAAUACACCUGUGUGGUUCAGCACAGCAGCCUGGAGAAGGACUUAGUGCUGCCAGUUCCAGAUCCAGAUGCAUUGAUUUGGAUCAUCGUUGGUGCAGUCAUUGUUCUUGCUCUGAUUGCUGGAGUUCUGAUCUGGAAGUUUUCAAAUACAACUGAAAGUAAUUGA